AUGAGUAUGAGACUAUUGUGCUCAAUUCACUUCCAAUCCAUUCUUCUCUUGUUCAUUGUAAACUCAACUCUUGCCUUUUUAUCUAGCAAUACUGGCACCUCUAGAUAUUUUGGAGGGAAUGAGACGGAUUAUCAGGCUUUGUUGGCCUUCAAGACAAAGAUAACACAAGACCCUGGAAACGUUCUGAGAUCGUGGAAUGAUUCCCUCCAUUUCUGCCAGUGGGAAGGUGUAACAUGCGGCCGCAAGCAUAGAAGAGUCACUGUAUUAAACCUUACGACCAGAGGAUUGGUGGGUUCCUUGUCUCCAUAUAUAGGAAACCUCAGCUUCAUGAGGGUAAUCGAUCUCUCGAGCAACACCAUUGGAGGCAAGAUUCAUAAUGAAAUCGGUCGUCUAUUCAAGUUGCAAGUAUUGAGAUUGCGAAACAACUCCUUCCAAGGAGAAAUUCCUUCAAACCUUUCCCAUUGUGCGAACCUCGAGCUCCUUAAUGUCGGUCAAAAUAACCUUUCAGGGUCAAUCCCAAUGGAGUUUGCUUCUUUGUCAAAACUGGUGGUAUUUUCUGCUCCCAAAAACUAUCUCACGGGAGAAAUCCCACCUUUCAUUGGAAACCUUAGCUCUCUCCAUAAAUUAUCUCUAUCCUAUAAUGUCUUGGGAGGACAGAUUCCAAAUGCCUUUGGUCAACUAAGAAGCUUAGAAUUUCUCUUUCUGGGUGUAAAUAAACUCUCGGGUUUGAUUCAUUCGUCUUUGUAUAAUCUUUCAUCUAUAAUUGAUUUUUCAUUGGCUAUAAAUGAGCUUAGUGGAAGUCUUCCCACAGACUUAUUCCUCACCCUUCCCCAUCUCCGAUGGCUUCAAAUUUCUCAAAACCAAUUUACCGGAUCUCUUCCAGCCUCAUUAUCUAAUGCUUCAGAGCUAAAAUUGUUCGAAGUUCAAAUGAACAAUUUUACGGGAAAAGUUUCAAACAAUUUUGGAGGCUUGCAGCUUUUGAAACUAAUAAUUAUUGCUGAUAAUAAUUUAGGAAGCGGAGAUGCUGAUGAAUUGGAUUUCUUUAAAUCUCUGGUCAAUUGUAGCUGUUUGGUGUACUUAGACAUCAUGGACAAUCAAUUCAAAGGUAUGUUGCCAAAUGUUUUGGGAAAUCUUUCAACCCAAUUUAUAUAUUUUAUGAUUAGCAACAAUCUUAUUUUUGGGGAAAUCCCUUCAGGGAUAGGAAAUUUGAUUAACCUGAACCACUUAUGGAUGGAUGGUAACAAAUUCACAGGGAAAAUCCCAAGUGAUAUUGGUAAUCUCCAAAAGUUACAACGAUUAUUUUUAAAUAACAACAAACUCUCAGGAAGGUUACCAAUUACCCUUGGAAACCUCUCUUCAGUAAGUAACAUGCAUUUUGAAAAAAACAGAUUGCAAGGAACUAUCCCAUCAAGUAUAGGAAAGUGCAAAAGUUUGAAUUUGUUAAAUCUGUCUCAAAACAAUCUCAGUGGCACCAUUCCAAAACAACUCUUUGCAAUUUCCUCCUUGUCAAUUUCACUUAAUUUAGCUCAAAACUUUUUCAAUGGAUCAUUGCCAUCAGAGGUUGGCAGUCUUGUCCAUUUAGCAGAACUGGACUUAUCUGAGAAUAAGUUGUCUGGUGAAAUUCCAAGUAGCCUAAGCUCUUGCGCUAGCCUCCAGAACCUUUACAUGGAAGGUAAUUUCUUUCAAGGAAUAUUUCCAACAUCUUUGAGUUCUUCAAGAGGUAUUCAAGUUAUGGAUUUUUCUCGAAAUAAGUUGUCGGGUCCAAUUCCAAAGUUCUUGGAAAACCUCUCCUUGAAGAAUUUGAAUUUAUCCUUCAAUGAUUUUGAGGGAGAGGUUCCAACAGAAGGGGUUUUUGCAAAUGAUAGUGCGCUAUCAAUUGUAGGAAAUAAAAGGCUUUGUGGGGGCAUAUCUAAACUAAAGUUGCCUAGAAGAAAAGAAAACACUUCAGGAUCUUACUUGAGAAAAUCACUUCUCAGAGUGUCUUACCAAAUGCUCCUUAAAGCAACUGAUGGGUUCUCUUUAGCAAAUUUAAUUGGUGUGGGUAGUUUUGGCUCAGUGUAUAAAGGCAUCCUUGGUGAGGAGGGUUCAAUUGUUGCAAUCAAGGUAUUAAAUAUUCAACGUAGAGGAGCUUCUCGGAGCUUCUUCUCAGAGUGUGAAACGUUGAAAAAUAUUCGUCACCGAAAUCUUGUGAAGAUCAUAACAUCUUGCUCAAGUGUGGAUUUUCAUGGUAAUGAUUUCAAGGCUCUAGUUUUUGAGUUCAUGCCCAAUGGAAAUCUAGAAUAUUGGUUACAUGAUCUAGAAACAUAUUUCAAGCAAGUAAAGAUACAAAAUUUGAACCUUCUUCAAAGAAUGAACAUUGCCAUUGAUGUUGCAUGUGCACUCGACUAUCUACAUCACCAUUGCCCAAUGCCAGUUGUUCACUGUGAUUUAAAGCCAAGCAACAUUCUUUUCGACUAUGAUAUGAUUGCUCAUGUUGGAGAUUUCGGACUUGCGAAAUUUCUUUUAGAACAAACAAAUUCGAAGCAAAACAGCUCAAUCGGAAUAAGAGGAACAAUUGGGUACACUCCUCCAGAGUAUGGUCUAGGAAGUGAAGUGUCAACCAAAGGGGAUGUCUACAGUUAUGGUAUCUUAUUGUUGGAGAUGAUAACAGGAAAGAGACCUACAGAUAAUAUGUUUGAUGGAGGCUUGAAUCUUCACAACUACGCUAGCAUAGCCUGGCCUAAUCGUGUAUUGGAGAUUGUAGAUCCAAAACUUUUAAACCAGAAUGAUGAAGGAAUUGGCAAUCACAAUUGCACCCCAACAAAUAGAACGAAUGAGUGUUUGAUAUCUAUGGUGAAGCUUGGCCUGGCAUGCUCUAUGGAGUUGCCUCAGGAACGAUGGGACAUUAGCAAGGCCACCUCUGAGUUGCAAUUGGUCAGGGAUAUUCUUCUUGGCGCUCGGAUAUAAUGCUACAUGCUUGGCCAUACGGAAGGCUCAUAAAGUUUUACAAUGGAAGAAAG